GAGGCUGGUGUCCCUCCGCUGAGGUGGUCGUUGUGCAGAGCGGAGGUUGUGUUUGACACUGCUGUGUCUCCACCUUUCUUCUUGCGGUCUGAGGUGGGCCCGGCUCUUGCGGCCUCUGGCAAAAUGUGGAUGACGCCCAAAAGGAUCAAGAUGGAAGUCGACGAGGCUGUGGUUUUCCGGCCCGAGUGGACCCACCGUUACUUGAUGGUGAAGCCUCCGGAGGGCAACGGGGCCCUGUGCCUGGUUUGUCGCCGCCUCAUCGUAGCUACCCGCGAACGCGACGUCAGGCGCCACUACGAGGCUGAACACGAAUACUACGAGAGGUAUGCGGCGGAGGGGGAGCGCGCGGCCUUGGUGGAACGUCUGCGUCAGGGCGACUUGCCGGUGCCCGCUCACAGCCCUGAGGAGAGAGCUACUCGUGCAAGCCUCGGGCUGUGCCGCCUCUUGGCCUUGAAGGGUCGCAGCUGUGGUGAGGGGAACUUUGUAUUCCAGUGCUUGGAGGCACUGCUGAAAGAGCUACUGCCUGAGCAUUUAGGGGUCCUGCAAGGCGUUGAUUUAUCUCCACAGAUGGCAAAGCAGAGGAUGUUGAGCAUUGACAGGAAUCUACGCAAUCAGCUUUUUAAGCGAGCCAGGGAGUUUAAGGCCUAUUCGCUUGCUUUAGACGACCAGGCUUUUGUGGCGUAUGAGAACUACCUCUUGGUCUUUAUCCGCGGUGUGGGCUCUCAGUUGGAGGUGCAGGAAGAUCUCCUGACCAUAAUAAACCUGACUAAUCACUUCAGUGUAGGUGCGCUUAUGUCGGCAGUCUUAGAGGCCCUGCAAACAGCCGGGCUUAGCUUGCAGCGAAUGGUUGGCUUGACCACGACCCACACUUUGAGGAUGAUUGGUGAGAACUCAGGACUGGUGUCGUACAUGAGAGAAAAGGCUGUAAGUCCCAACUGCUGGAAUGUUAUCCAUUAUUCAGGAUUUCUUCAUUUGGAACUGUUGAGUUCCUACGAUGUCGAUGUUAAUCAGAUCAUAAAUACCAUAUCCGAAUGGAUAGUUACGAUUAAGACCAGAGGCAUUAGGCGACCAGAAUUUCAGACUUUACUAACUGAAUCUGAAUCAGAAUAUGGUGAAAGGAUUAAUGGAAGAUGUCUGAACAAUUGGCUUAGAAGAGGGAAAACUUUAAAACUAAUAUUUUCUUUAAGAAAGGAAUUGGAAGCUUUCUUGGUGUCAGUAGGGGCAACAACAGUCCAUUUCUCAGACAAGCAGUGGCUUUGUGACUUUGGCUUCUUGGUUGAUAUUAUGGAACACCUUCGAGGGCUCAGUGAACAAUUGGGAGUUAGUAAAGUGUUUGCUGCUGCUGCCUUUGACCAUAUUUGUACUUUUGAAGCUAAACUGAAUUCAUUUCAGAGAAAUAUUGAAGAAAAAAAUCUAACAGACUUUCCUGCCCUUAAAGAAGUUGUUGAUGAGCUUAAAGAGCAACACAAGGAAGAUCAGAAAAUAUUUGAUCCUGAUAGGUAUCAAAUGGUCAUCUGCCGUCUGCAAAAAGAGUUCGAGAGACAUUUUAAGGACCUCAGGUUCAUUAAAAAGGACUUAGAACUUUUUGCAAAUCCAUUUAACUUUAAGGCUGAGUAUGCACCUAUUUCAGUAAGGAUGGAGCUAACAAAACUUCAGGCAAACACUAGUCUUUGGAAUGAAUACAGAGUCAAAGAUUUAGGGCAGUUCUAUGCUGGAUUGUCUGCUGAAUCUUACCCAAUUAUCAAAGGGGUUGCCUGUAAGGUGGCAUCUUUGUUUGAUAGCAACCAAAUCUGCGGAAAGGCUUUUUCAUAUUUGACUCGAAACCAACACACUUUGAGCCAGCCAUUGACAGAUGAGCAUCUUCAAGCCCUGUUUCGGAUGGCAACAACUGAAAUGGAGCCUUGUUUGGAUGAUCUUAUGAGAGAAAGAAAUAAUGAACCUAAUCCAUGAGUCUUUGUAGUACAACAUUGAAAAAUUCAAGAAGAAUUCAGUUCUAAAAGCAAAAAUUGGUUUGAUUUUUUCAAGUUUGCUAUAGUAAUUUGGAUUGCAAGAAAUCAAGUUUAUUACCAGCUGUCCAAAUUAAUCACAAUUCAAAUCCUUUUGACAGUUGCCUUUUCUUUUCCAUCUCAAAUGGCAGCUUGGGACUGAAACGUGAGAACGCCACCUUUUUGAAAACUUAGUUUAAUGACAAAUUCACUGUCUUUUAUGAUGUAAUUGAUUUUAAAGAGGUUUUAGUAUUGAUAAAGAGUUGAAUUUGCAGUCUGUUUUUAAGGUGUUCUGAAAAUACAUGCCAAAAAUUUUAGCUCUUAUUUUAAUGAAGUGUUAAAAUUCAGACACAUAGUAUAAUCUUAAAUUUUCAACUCAAAUACGUGUUUGAACCAAUUUGCAAAACUCACAUAGCAAGGUCGUUACGUUUUCAUAAAGGAAAAACAUAACAUACAGUGGAGCUAUUUUGUCUUAACUAUCAAAAUGUUUGAAGCUAUUUUUUUUAAACAUUUCUGAGUCUGAAGUAAAUAUUGACAAAUUUCCUCCCCUUCACCCACCCAAGUAAUAGUGACAUUGCUAAUAGAGGAAGAAACCAAAAUUUUAGUGACAGGAGCAAAAAUCAUUUUUAAGUUGGUGAUAUAGGAGACUUCUGCAAUUUGGAGAUAAGACUAACCAAUUAUGGGGGGGUUUCCCCUCAAAUUUUUUUUUUUUUUUACAACUAGGAGCUGUUUUAUCAGCUUGCCUAUUGAAGGACUACGUCCCUAAUCCAGCAGAUUCAAGGAACGAGGAUACACCAAGAAUUUGGAAGGUACUGGUGCCUGGGUAAUAAAAUAGAUGCCAUAAGAGCUUAAGAACCAAAGUUCUGUCAGUAGUUUUCAACCAGAGUCAGUAAUACCUCCUAGAAGAUCCUGAGAAAUGUGUAGAGGCACUUCUUUGCUUAUCAUAUUUACUAGAGGCUUCUGCUGGCAUUUAAGCCUGAAGACCUCCACCUCCUGCAGUACAUAGGAUGGGCUGGCACAGUGCAUUCCCAAAAUGCAGGUUAUUUUACUUUGAGGGACAGGGCAAAUUACCGGUAGAAGCAAAAUUAAAAGGGCAACUUGGGCAAACUUACAGGAUAUUUGUUAGGCAAGGUACAAUGAAGGCAUUGAUAAGUUCCAGUGGCUCACGUGGCACUUAAUACGUAAAUCAGUAAUUUUGAAUAAGAUUAAAGGUCUCCAUCCUGUUACAUGCAGAAAAACAAGUAUUAUGUAUUGAGAAUAUACUGGUCAAGAAAUAGUGAAAUUGAAACGUUGAUUAAUAAAGUAGGCUUAAAUAUCUGGAAAAACGAGUGGAUGAAAACAACAAAAAAAAGAACUACCGGUAAUUUUCUCAUAGCUUAUAGUACUCCCUUUCAUGGCAGAUCCUUUAUUACUUGAGAGAAAGAUUGGAAUACCUGAAACCAGUUCCUCAAAUAUUGAAAUCUUGUACAUUUUGUGAAGUUCAAGUAUGUUUUGCUUAAAGUGAUAAUACAAUUAGUUUGCAUCAUAUAGUCACUCAGUGAGGGGAGACAUAAGCCAAGUAUGUUAAAUUAAUUGUCAGCUAUAGAGAAUUUGCUGUAAACUAGUCUCGUGUGUAAAAAAGAAUGUGUAUUUUACUGUUUUCUGUAUUAAGUAAUUCUGUAACUGCAUGGCAGUCUUUUUUUAUUUACACAAAUAUAGUUGUCGCUGGUCCUGUUGUGUCAGUGAAUAUACUUAAAAUAAGUAUCAUUUUUCAAAAACUAUGUCCUUACCAGUUACUGCUUAUAUCUUAUUCCUACUAGUUUUCUUGAAAGGUUUGUAUUCCCAGUCUCAGAUAUUGUCACUCAGACUGCUCUACCAACCUCCCUAAGUCCUUGUCAGUAUUCUUACCCUCGCUGGAAUACUUGAGUUUAUUUUAACUUUGAGAAGAUACUAUCUUCAUGUAUGCUUUGUCAGUCUUCUUUGCAGGCACCUCUUUCUUUAAGUAUCCGUUCUUAGGAUUUAAAAAAAAAAAGUUGUGUUAGUCUGCCUUAGUCUACAUCAUCUCCCUAGCUGAUCUCAUUUCCUUCCACGGCUUCAGUUAUCAUCUAUGUGCAUAUGAAGCCCAAAUUCAUCUCCUUUCUAGACCUUUCCUAAUUUAUGUACCUAAUUGCUAACAUAAAUCUACUUCACUGUCUCAUAGGUACUGUAACAUGUCAUAGAUCUUGCCCCCCCCAACCCCCCGCUCUUCCUCCAGUGUUCCCCUUUUCCAGUUAAUGGCACUACCAUGACCAAACCAUUUAGUUGCCCUUGCUGAAGCCAAAAACCGACUUUUCCCACUCUCUAGUGUUAGUGCUUCUUAUCCUAAUUUAAGCCAUCAACCUACCUAAAUUAUAGCAACACCCUCCUCAUUAGUCUUCCUUUCUCUGAUUCUUUAACACACUGUAGAGCUGAAUUGUUCCAGAAGACCUAUGUGAUCAUGUCAUUUCAGUGCUUUCACCUUUGCUCUUACAAUACAAUACAAUUUUUUCUUCAAGUGUGUGUUUAUAUACCAUUUCAUCGUGGAAGCCUUUAUUGAUACUCUCUAGACUAGGUGCCCUUAGUGUGCACUCCCUAUACACCCUGUUCUCCCCCAUACACUUAGCACACUUUACUGUUCCUGCUUAUUGAUCACUGCUAGACUGUAAGCUUUAUAAGGGCAGGGACCACAUAAGCCUUGUUCACUGUUCUCUGUCUAGUGCUUACCACAAUGCCUGGCAUUUCAAUAAAUGUUUGGAUAAAUAAAUAUUUGUGUAGUGUUUUACAGUCUUUGAACCUAUUUCACGGUUUCAUUUGAUCUUCAUAGUCAUUCUGUUUUGGAGUAUUCACUAAGCAAUUUUUAUCCACAUAUUACAAAUUAAGAAAUUAAGUUCUUUGUGACAAGGGACUUCAUUGUCAUAGUCCCAUAAUUUAGUGCAAUGCUUCUCUUGACAUGUGGCUCAAAUAUUAUGUAAAUGUUGGUAUGGAAAAAACUGAAAUUGCCGUUUUCUCUAGUAAACAUACUAAUUAGUAAAGUCUGAAUUUAAAUCUAGGUGUACUCAACACAAAUCCACUAUGUAAUAUUAAAUAUGUAUAUUCAUGAUAUGGUGUUUUAAUUUUUUUCACUGCCCUUUGUGAGCAAAAAGUCUUCAAUUUUUUUUAAUUUUCAAAAGCAGAUUUCCAAAGGAACCUACAUAUAGAAGGAAAAGAUUAGAUGACUGUUUAGUGACCUAAAACUGUACUACAUUCAGUAUUGGAAAAAAGAUAAUGCAGCUUAAGAGUUAAUAAUCACUUUUCCUUUCCUAGGCAUCAACCCUAGGAGAAAAUGGCAUGCUAGUUACUUGCUCCUUUCCUUUACAGAUGAUUUUUGGCUCUUCUGGGAUUUAAAAGUAAGUAAAUUUAACAAAAGAAUGACUGAGCUCUUCUGGCCACUAGAUAAUUCACUUCAUUUGCUUUCAUACCUGCGGUAUGUCCUCAUCACCUCCCAAAUGGAGGUGACCCAGAAGUAACAUCUAGUGAGUGUACACUUUUUAGAUUGCUAUAUUUAUUUGCCUUCUUGUUCUCAUGUGUCUCUGAACUUAAUUUCUGGGUACCUGAAGCCUUUCUUUAGUCAUUUUUUCCUUAAGCCAUUUUGUCCAAUUAGGGGAUUAACUAGCAUGUAAUCUUUGUUAGACUUUUGAUCAGAAGCACAUUAAGUCAUUCAAAGUACUUAACAGUGCUUAACGGUCAUCUGGUGAUUUGGUUGUUACUGUGAAACUGGAUUUUAAUCAACCCUUGAGCUCAAAUAUUUCUCAUUUUUGUCCUAAUUUUUGUCAUCGCAAGUUGACCAAAAACUACUUGAAUUUCUGAAUUCUUUCCAUCCUUUCACUUCUGCCUGCAAACUGACCAGUUCUUUUUUUGGAAUUCAUCUCUUUUCUGUACAUUUUGUCAAGUGCAGCUAACAGCAACUAUAAAAUGUUUUUUCUGUCUAUUUUUGUAGUAAAGGGUCAAUUAUCUGCCUUUCUGGUUAUCUCAAGGGGCAUGUUUACUACUCCAUAAUACAAAUUGCCCUGUGUAGGUCAAUUCUUUCAUCCUCCUAUAGCAAUUUCGUAAAUGCCUCCAACCAACUACUAAGCCAGUGUAUUUUAAGUUUUUUUUUUUUUGUUGUUGUUGUUGUUGUUUUUUAAAAUAGGAAACAAUUUUAGUGUCAAGAUGGGCUAGGUUGCCAUUGGGUAACAGCUGCAAAAUCUCAGUGUCUCACACAGCUUGUCUAUUGCAUUUUGGCUAAGGACUGUGCUCUAGGUCAGGUGUUGAUAAAAUAUGGCUCAUGGGCAAAAUAUGUCCAGCUGCCUGUUUAUCCAAAGUUUUACUGGAAUACAGCCUUGUUCAUUUGUUUAUUUCCUGUUGCUACUUUUCUUCUACAUUGGCAGAGUUGAGUAGUUGGACAGAGAAUAUCUGUCUCACAAAGCCUAAAGUAUUUAUUUUGUGGCCUUUUACACAAAAAGUUCACUAAUUUGUCUUUUAAAUUGCUCUCAUUAUGGGACUCAACAUGACAAAACAGAUGGCUGCUUAUUCUGGCAAAUGAAAAACGUAUGGCAAAUCACUUAAAUACCUGCAAAGCACCUUCAUUGGACAUAUCAAGUCACAUAGCCACAAGAAAGUUCUAGUAGAAAUGCAAUCCUGCCAUGUACUUGGGAGGAAAACCAGAAGUGUUUGGAAAAUGGCAGUAUUGACUAAUAUAUGGUUGUACCUCUUCAUUUAUAUGCUUUCUUUCAAUAUAUAUUUUCCAUUUUAUUGAUGUAAAACUUAAAAUCUUUCAAAUACUAGGUAUACGCCUCAACAGAUUUUUAUAUACGCCAUUGAAUGUACCACCCACAUCUCAAGAUACAGAAUAUUUCUAGCAUCUCAGUAUGUGCCCUUGUGCAUCCUCUGACACACAGAUAACCACUAUUCUGAACUUUAUCACCAUGGACUAGUUUUGCCUGUUUUAUGUAAACUUUAUGUAAGUGGUAUGAUUAUAUGCAUUCUUGUGUCUUUUGUUCCAACAUUAUGUCUGUGAGAAUAAUCCAUGUUGUAUGUAGCAGCAGUUCACGUUUUACUUAUGUGUACUAUUCCAUUGCAUGACUGUACCACAGUUUAUUAAUCCACUCUAUGGUUGAUAGAAAUUUAAGUUGUUUACAGUUUGUGGUCAUUAUGAAUGAAUAAAGUUGCUGUGAAAGUUA